GAGCCCGAGCCGGGUGGUCGCCCAGGGCGGCGCCGACUCCGCGGUGAUGAUAGGGAAGAUGAAGGCCCAGCUGCGCGAGCUCCAGAUGGAGAUCCGGAGCGACGAGGAUUCGCUGAAGCUGGUGCAUCGCGGGACCUGCAGAUGACCCAGGAGGCCCACGACAGGAUGCAGAGGCAGGUCGAGUUCGAGGAGCGGUUGCUUGGCAAGAUGGACCCGAACCAGGGCCUCGGGAGGGCGAUCCAGGACCUCGACGGCUUCAUGGCCGAGGUGCACAGAGAUUACAACAAGUGCCGCGACAACCACAAGAAGUGCAUCGGGAUCCUGCAGAAGGAGUUUGGCUAUAACCCACUUUUCAAAGCAGGCAAGCCUGGUGGGCCGCAGUUCCACGGCAAUCCGCACGUAAUGGCCAAGGACCCGCGGAAGAAUGCUUGA